CGAUUUGGAGAUGUCCAACUCCAUUCCUCGCUAUCUCCACAGUACUGGGGAAGAUGCACCGCGGGAUCACCCUCGCCCAUAUUCUCACCGCCUCCCUCGUGGGGCUCGCCGCUGCCGUGGCAAGCAGCCGCCCGUGGCAGCGAAGCCGCCCUACUGAACCGGCAAAGGGUCCUCAUCCUCACCACCGUCGUGUCAUCGCACGUCUAGAUCGGACUGAAUCGGGCCACCUCGCCAAGCUCGAGAGCUUCUCCGACUACGUUGCUAGGCAACUGGGAUUUGAAGAUGGGAGGGAGUGUCCGCGGCUGAGCAAGCUGGCGAUUGACUACUUGAAGAGGACCGAAGGGUGUGAAGAGGACAUCUGCGGGUUCUUUGCCGGCGAACAAGACGCGGAGUCGCUGUGCGAGAAGCUCAUGGAUGAGUUCGAGCGAUGCAUCCUCAGUUACUUUGCGUUCCAUUGGAGCCAGGCCUCUGCUAUGAUCAGUCAGGUGCUGAGUGCUGAGUCUGAAACUAGGACGAAGCUCAAGGACUUUGUGUUGGCCGCUACAAGGAAACAGAGAUUUGAGAGGGUGGCCAGGGACCUAAAAGUGACAAGGGCGCUAAGUACCAUGGUAGAACAGAUGAAGCUGAUCGGAGGGCCCGUGCGCAAGGGCGACGAGUCGACCGACGUGAUGAUGCCGGUGGCUCACAGCCAGAGAAGCCCAGUCCUCUUGCUCAUUGGCGGAGGCGCCGGAGCCGGAAAGAGCACUCUCAUCAAAGACAUUCUUCAGCAGCCACUCUGGGUUGAAGCAGCAAGCAAUGCCGUGGUAGUGGAGAUUGAUGCAUUCAAGGAGACAGAUGUUAUAUACAAGGCACUCAAUUCAAAGGGUCUUCACAAUGACAUGCUUCAUACCGCUGAAUUGGUUCACCAGUCAUCUGCCGAUGCAGCAUCCUCACUUCUGGUGACUGCACUCAAUGAAGGAAGAGACGUGAUCCUGGACAGCACACUCUCAUGGGAGCCCUUCGUCGAGCAGACAGUCGCGAUGGCUCGGAAUGUCCACAGACAUCGUUACAGAAUGGGGGUCGGGUAUAAGGUGGCCGCCAACGGCACUGUCAUCGAGAACUAUUGGGACCAAGUUGAGGAACGUGAACAAGACGAACCAAAUCCCCACAGAAAGCCAUACCGAAUCGAGCUGUUGGGAAUUGUGUGCGAUCCUUAUCUCGCUGUGGUGAGAGGCAUUAGGAGAGCCAUAAUCGCCGGAAGAGCUGUAAGAGUGAAUACACAACUCAAAUCCCACAAGAGAUUCGCAGACGCAUUUCGGAGGUAUUGCAAUCUCACGGACAGUGCCAGGCUCUAUUGUACCAACACCAUGGGCGGCUCACCUGCGUUGAUAGCAUGGAAAGAUGGGGACAGCAAGCUGCCUGUCAAUCCGGAAGAGAUUGAGUGUUUGGCCACCAUAAGCAAAUUGAAUCCGAACGCAGAGUCCGUAGACGAACUUUACCCGGUUCCGAGCCCGAUCCACGAACCCGGGUCGGUUUGGAAUGAUUUUGUUCACUCCCCGUCGAGGCCAACCACCCUUUCGGAGCUGAGGACUGCGGUCAAGAAAGUUGAAAACCAGGAAAUUUGAAAGUCUUGGAAUUUAACCCAAUGUUUUUGGUUUAAUCCUUGUGUCUUUUGUGGAUUUACCCAUUU